AUGCUCCCCCUAACCCUCCAAGCCGCCCGCCGGCCAAUUCCCCGCCUGCCCAAUGUCCGCCUGACCCGUCCCGCGUCUAUUCUCUCCGCUAUCCGCGAGGGUAUCGUCAAAGAAGAACACUCGAACCCCCAGGGCCCCGACAUCGAGCGCCUGAAACAGCUCGCGGCCGAAGGCAAAAAACUAACCUACAAGCAACGCCAACAACUGCGCGAGGCGCUCGAAGCGGAACGCCCGACCUACCGCAUCCGCAAGGGUAAGAAGGACAUCACGGAAGACCCGGUCGAGGAAGUGUUAGGACCCGAUGCCAAGACGCGGAAGGCGAGGUUCUACGAUCCGCAGGAGAGUUUCGGAAAGGAUAGCAUUGUGUGGAAGUUGAAGGCGACGGGAAUGGUAGAGAAGUAUAGAGAAUUACAGAAGCAGAUGGGGGGGAAGGCGACUGCGCUGGCGGCGAGGAAGGCCGCGUUGGAGGUGUUCAAGGAGGGGGGUUUGAUUGAUGAGGAAAGGGCUAGGGGUAAGUAUGACGAUGACGACGACGAAAUGGAAAAGAAAGGAAGAAAGAAAAGAAGCGGGCGUAUUGACGCAGACGAUAUGUUUGCAGAGCUGGAGAGAGAAGUGAGCCCGCAGAAAGAGAGCGACCCAUUCGCCGAGAUGGAGAGAGAAGUCAACCGUGCGAAGAAGCUUUCCGAGUCGAGGGGGAAAGAUACGCGUAGCGAGUGGGCAGUUACCAGCGAUGGGAAGAGCACGAUGCCAGAGGAGGUGAAAAAAGCGAGAGACAGGCCACGUGAGAGAGGCAACGGCAGAGUCAACGAGCACAAAAAUCGCGACAACAAGCGCGAUAGCCAAUCCGCCCGCGAAGACGAAAACGAAAACAGAAACGAAAACGGCAACGCAGACGAGAGCAAAUACCCCCGAAAAUUCCGCUUCCCCCUCUCGAUCCCCUAUACCACGGCCGCCUCACAAUUCCUCUACGGCAAAUCCGUCGUCGAAGCCGCCCUGCUCUCCGCCCGCCGCAAGCUCUACCACCUCUAUAUGACCGACUUGCACCAGCGCAAAGACCCGUCGGGUUCCCGCGCCAUGCUUGCCCUGGCCCGCUCUAAGGGUGUCCCCGUCACCAUCCUCUCCGACGCCGACAAGCGACUCAUGGAUAAGAUGGCCGAGGGCAGGCCACACAACGGCUUCGUUUUGGAGGCGUCUCCGCUGCCGCAGCCCCCCGUCACUGCCCUCGGCCCACUCCCCUCGUCCGAGGACGGCGUCCCCAAGCCCAUCACGGAAAUCCCCGUGACCCUAGACCACCAGUCCGCUGAAGAUGCCUCCAUCAAUGGAACCUCCCCUUCCCUUCCACUCCCCUCCCCCCUAAUCCCAGGUUACAACCCUCUCAUCCUUAUCCUCGACCGCAUCUUGGACCCCGGCAACCUCGGCUCCAUCCUGCGUACCUCCCUCUUUCUGGGCGCCUCAGCAGUCGGCAUAACCCGACAUGGUUCAGCGCCCCUCUCCCCAGUAACCCUCAAGGCCUCCUCGGGCGCAGCCGAGUCCCUCCCGCUGUUCAUAAUCCCCUCGUUACCACACUUCCUCACAACCACCAGACAAAACGGGUGGACCGUCUUCGCGGCAUGCGCUCGCGACCCAAGCGUUAGGAAAAAUAGACGGCAUUGGGAUCUAGAUGACGUCCGGAGGGAGGAGCCGCUGAGGAAGGGAGGGUGUGUCCUGGUGUUGGGGAGUGAAGGGGAAGGAUUGGAGAGGGCGACGGUCAAGAAGGCGGAUUAUGAGGUUGCUGUGCCGGGGGGAGGGGGGGCGGCACAGAGGGUGGGAGUCGAGAGCUUAAAUGUCGGGGUUGCGGCGGGGUUGGUGGUGGAGGCCUUUAUGGGAGGUGUUCUUAAGGCAAAGGAGGGUAGUUCUGGAUCUGGGGAGCUUUGGUAG